UCCUUGUGACGUCACAGAGACCCACUCCGGAAACAAUACUUGUUCUUUCUGUCUGAAAGUGUGCUAUUUCCCCAAAGUUGGGCGAGAGUCCUGUCCUGCUGUGCAUUCCUCUUGCGUCUCUGACAUGGAGUGACAUCAGAAAGCUGAGGCUUGAGGACAUACUGAACUUGGAUGCUCUGAAACAGUACCAUAGGAGGAUGAAGUUCACAGUACUGUUGCUCUGAAUGCUGGAUUCACUGUUCUGUUAUUAUGAAGAGAGACGAUGCAGAAGACAACUGAUAAAGCAGAACAUUUAGUCUGGGGCCGUCUUACAGUUUCAGAAGGAAAUGCUGUCCUUCGGGGAUGUGGCCAUUGAUUUCUCUCCAGAAGAGAGGGAAUGCCUGGAGCCUGCUCAGUGGAAUUUGUACAGGGAUGUGAUGUUGGAGAAUUACAGCCACCUUGAUUUCCUGGGUCUAGUUCUCUCUAAGCCACACCUGGUGACAUUUCUGGAGCAAAAACAAGGGCCUGUGGGUAUGAAGAAACAAGUGGCAGCUACUGUGCAUACAGGAAAAACAGCCAAUAAAGGUAAAGAUUACAGCAAGGCCUUUUAUUGUAAUUCACUGCUUAUUCAACACCAGACAAAUAUACACGAGGCCCCCUACAAAUGUGAAGAAUGUGGUAAAGCCUUUCGUGUUCGCUCAAGACUUUCUAUACACCAGAGAAUUCAUACUGGAGAAAAAUCCUACAAGUGUGAAGAAUGUGGUAAGGCCUUUAAUACUCAAUCAAAACUUUCUGUACACCAGAGAAUUCAUACUGGAGAAAAACCCUACAAGUGUGAAGAAUGUGGUAAGGCCUUUAGUACUCACUCAACACGUUAUAGACACCGGAAAAAUCAUACUGGAGAAAAACCCUACAAGUGUAAAGAAUGUGCCAAAGUAUUUUCCUACCCUUCAUUACUUAAAGUACACCAAAGAAUUCAUUCUGCAGAGAAAUCCUACAAGUGUGAAGAAUGUGGAAAGUUAUUUUACUGUCCUUUAUUGCUUAAGAAACAUCAAAUAAUUCAUUCUGCAGAGAAACCCUACAAGUGUGAGGAAUGUGGCAAAGCAUUUCACUAUCCUUCAUUGCUUAAGCGGCAUCAAAGAAUUCAUUCUGGAAAGAAACCCUAUAAGUGUAAAGACUGUGACAAGGCAUUUUACUCUUCUGCAUUCCUUAAGCGUCAUCAGAGAAUUCAUUCAGAAGAGAAUUCCUACAAGUGUGAAGAAUGUGGCAGAAGGUUUUACUCUUUUCCACACCUUCAGGAUCACCAAAGAAUUCAUUCUGGAGAGAAACCGUACAAAUGUGAAGAGUGUGGGAAAACAUUUUCUACUCUCUCAUACCUUCCUUGGCACAAAUUGCGUCAUUCUGGGGAGAAAUCUUACAAAUGUGAAAUAUGUGGCAAAAUGUUUUACUCUACUUUAGACCUUAAAAAACACAAAAAAAUUCAUACAUAUAAGUGUAGGGAAUGCCACUAUGCCUUUCCAAAUCACUCAGCCCUUACUGAACACCAGAGAGUUCAUACUGGAGAGAAACCCCAUAUAUGUGAACAAUGUGGAAAAGUCUUUUCUAGGCUUGAUAGCCUCAAUCAGCACCAAAUUGUUCAUACUGGAGAGAAACCCUAUAAAUGUGAAAAGUGUGGGAAAAGUUUUUUCCGAUCUUCAUCCCUUAGAAGACAUAAAGGGAUUCAUUCUUAAUAGGAACUUGACAAGUAUGUGCAAAGUUAUAAAAUCUUGCUAAAUAUUCAGUCCUUAUCUGAGACAAGUGAUUCCAUUGAGUAGAGAAGUCAUACAUUUGUCUCGGAUAAGGAAUGAAUAUUUAGCAAGAUUUUAUCACUUUGCACAUACUUGAAUGGUGAGUGCUUUACCACUGAGUCAACACUUUCUACCAACAAUAAAGUUCAAUCUGGAGAGAAGAAGUCCAAUUAUGAAGGGAGUGAUAAGCUUUUAGUGUUUCUUCAUAUUUUAAGUAACCCAACAAUCUUCAUCCAGGACAUCAAAGCUAUAAUGUGAAGGAUGUGUUAUUGAAGGUUUGAAUUAUUGUUCAGUCCUGGUUCAACCUCAGUAAUUCUCAUCUGAGAGAAACCCUAUUCAUGUGCAGAAGAGGACCGGGGCUUACCUGUUCCUCAUGACUAUAUAAGCAUUGGAGAAUUCAUUCUGAUGAGGAAGCCAACAAAAGCAAUCAGUGUGGUAAGUUCUCUACCUGUUCUUUACACUGUGAGUAUCUGCAGAUACUUCAUACUGCAGAGACACUCUCCAAGUACAAUGACUGUCCCGAAGCCUUGAACAAUACUUCAAUCUUCAGCAACACCAAAGCAGUGAUACAGGUGAGAAACCCUGCAGAUGCAAAUGUCCUCCUUAGCUUCAGCUGUCAACUUCACCUAGGCCACCAUUAUCUGAGUAGGUGCUUUCCUGGAUCAGAGUGCCUUAUGGGCAUGUCAGGGGGCCAUUUUCUUGAUCGGUAAGUGAUGUAGGAGAGUCCACCUAGGACAUGCAGUACCACCCUGAGGUCCUGGGUCACAUGAGAAUUGUGGGUGAGUAGGAGGCUGAUAAACAUGUUAGGAACCAUGGUUCCUGCUUCCCUUCCAGUCAUAGCAUCCCUGGAAGAGGAACACUGACCCUUAUGUUGAAAUGAAAUAUUUACUCCCCAAAGUUGUUUCUGGUCAUACCAUUCAUGACUCCAACAAAUCGGUGUAGGACAGCAAGGGACACAGGAAGGCAUUUCCCUCUUCUUCAUACCUCUGUUGCCACCAGUCUCUGUACUAGAUAUAAUGUCACAAAGCCUUUAGAUGUGUUGUGCCUCUACUGGACACCAGAGCUUUCACACUGCAGAAAAGUCCUAUAGAUACAAAGAAUAUGAUAAAGAAUUUUAUGUUUCCCUUAUUUAGCAAAAAUUUCAUAGUGUAGAUGAAUUUUGUAAAAGUAAAGACAGUAGCUACAUGUUGAACAGUUGUUGCAAACUCAACAUGAGAAAUUUAGCCAUGAAUGAAACUAACAUACUUAAUUGAUAAGAGAAGCAAUUUAUUCUACUCUUCAUAACUUAACAUCAAAAAAUACAUUUAGUAUAGGAAACCCUACAAAUGAAGUAGUGACAAAGCCUUAAAUCGUUAGGGGCCAUGAGUGAAUUCAUAUUGUAGAGAAACCUUCUACAUAAAAUGAGUCUGGCAGGAUCCAUUUUUAGUAUACACUCCUCAAAAUAGCAAUUGAAGUACACUAAUAUUAGUAGUGUAGCAAUGUCUUUUCUUAGAACUUACAUAGUAAUGGAUAUAAAGGAAUUAUAGUGCACACACACAGUAUUAAUACAGAAUGUGGAUAAACAUGAUGCAUUGUUUAAAAUAUAUGUGAUGUAUUUGAUGUGCUUGAAAGAAGUCAUUACAAACAUCAGAAUCCUGCAGAUCACUCAAGUCUGGAGAUAUCAAUAUGUUACAUAACCAAACUGAUAAAUGACCAGAUUAAACCCUUUCUCCUAUAUGUUGCCCUUGUCAGGUAAUUUAUGACAGCAACAGGAAAAGUUACUUAGGCUACUUAGGCCAAGUAAAAAUUCCAAUUUGACAUCAGUACAUAUGCAUCAGUAUUUUCUACCUCUUUCCCCUUUUACUCUCAGUCUGCCCCCUUCUGAUGACUCUGUUCCCUCUAAAGGUGUUGCCUUUCUUCCCAUACAUGUAACACACACUCAACACAGUCACCACAGAUAUAGCAUCAGUACAUAGAUGACCUAUGUACAAUGAAUUUCCCUUUUUGGUAAAAAUUUGAAUGCCCGAUGUGGUGUGAAGGUGUGUGCAUUUGUGUUUGUGAUGUUAAUUACUAUGAUGGCUCAUCUUGGUUGGCACCAUGGCCUGACUUGGAAUCAAUGGAAACCCAAUCUUCUGGGCACUCUUAAAAGGGAUUUUCUUAAUCACAUCGUAUGAAGAAGGAAGACCACAAUAAAGCUGGGCUAUACUCUUUUGGUGAUAAUACAAAAGGACAUUGAAGAAAGAAAUUGUGCUUUCUCACUGCUUGCCCUAACUCUCCAUCCACUUGCUGCAACCU